UUUUUUGUCUUUCCAGUUUGUAAUAAAAAGCGGUGAUGGUUCUAUAUAUCCUUGGCUGGCAGCGGAAUUAUUACGGACCUACUUAGUCUCCGCUCUCUCCGCAUCAUUCUCCGCGCGCAAAUCCCCCGAGCUCCAUUCACAUCUUUAUCAUAUAGCUACGUAUAUCUUAUUCCCUCUUUCCAGAAUCUCACUCGGGAAUCAUCCUUACAAAUAAUGAGUGCCUUCAUCUCACUUAUCCUCAUUUAACUUGAAACCUCCUAGUUACUCCCCUCGAUACUUCCGCAAAAACCAACCUCGAUCCUCCUCCCACCGCCACUAGGUAACUACUUAUCCGACAUCAGCACCACCACCACCACCGCCAACCACCAACAUUUCCCCUUGCCACAAUGCCCACCGUCGCAGGCGAAAAGAGCGCAAAAGAUGUGAAAAACAUCUCUAAUCCGCGCCGUCUCCUUAUCCUUUCGCCGGCAUCGCAUGCGCAAUCGACCAUUCCGUCGCUGUUACAUUCCCUCACUGGUGUACCGGUCAGUACCCCGCCGCAGACGACCACAAGCGCUACGACAGAGUCAUCAAACGAUCUUGGAGAGGGAAAGGAAAAAGAGAAGAAGAAUAAUAAUAAUAAUGAGGAGGAAGGACAAGCGACUGUAACAGCUACUACUACUACGACGACGACCACCACAACAUUCGCAGGCUACACAACACACGCUCCAUUCCGAAUACAAACAAAGUAUUACACGGCCGAAGUACCGAUUUGGGUUGAUGAAGUGCCGCUUCUGCUUACGACUGAUUCUUCUCCUUCGAACGCAUCGUCAGAAAACGCUUCUACAUACCCUACGUCUACACGAUGGAAAGAUGAAUUCCUCGGAGCGGAUGCGCGCGUCGUUCGAGACGCCAUCGGCGCGGUGGUUCUUUGUGUGCGUAAUCCGGAAGCUCUGAGCUCAGCGAUCCCGGAAGAAGCAGUCCCUGCGGACGAGCGUGAUGGUGUUGAUGAGGAGGUGCGCGCGCUUAAGGAUUUGAUAAAAGUUGUGGGAGAAGUGAAGGGACAGAUUGAGGAGGAGAGGGGGGGUAUGGGUGAAGUGCCUACCUUGUUGGUGCUUGCUUCUUCUUCUUCUUCUGGUAAAGAGAAAGAGAAAGGGAAAGAGAGAAUGCGGACAGGUGGUGAUGAAGUGGGUGAGCCGAAGGAAGAGCAGAGGUUCGGGGUAGGAUGGUGGGAAGAUGAAUUGUACGAUAUGGGCGUGAUGGAGUUUGAGGUCGUCGAGUGGGACCCGAAGAAUAAGGAAGAGGAAAAUGGUCCGGUGAGGAGGAAUCCAUAUGGAGAACUCGAAGGUAUUCCCCGCAUCAAAGAGGUCCUCGAAGCGACGGACUGGUCAGCAUCUUCCUAUGACCAGGAGGGCAGCGACGACAACAACAGCGAAGCCGGAUUCGAUUUCGAGGUUAAUGAGCUCGGACGUGAAAUGAUGGGUUUGCGAUUCGCGAUCGAGAAUGGCGGCGGUGAUGGAGACGAUUUUGGAAGUGAAACUGACAACAAUUUCAAUGGGUUUGACGAUGAUGACGACGACGAAGAUCGGGAAAUGAAAGUCGAGGCAUUAGAGACUCUCAUGAUAAGAAUGCAAGCUAUCAAAGAUAUGAGCGCUGAACUCCCCGAGCACGAGCGCAAGUCGUUCGCUGCAAAGGCCGUCCGGGAUAUCAUGAAAGAGCUAUGAUGUCGUACAUAUGAUACAGUCUCCGCGGUUGUGAUCAUACUUCUUUUAUUUCAUGUCUACGUGUACAUAUACAGGCUUUGGGUACCCCCCUCUAGCAGGCAGGUGAUUUCGAUCCGUUUCAGUCCUUUCAGUCCUUUCAUACGGCAAGAAUCGUGGACAUCAGGU